GUGACGUCAUCAUUUGGGCAAUGCUAGGCCGGAGGAGCUUGUUUUGCUAAAUUGUUGACGCUAUAGUUUAACAUUUCAAUAUUGUUUGGGGUGUUGGACAUACAAUUAGUUAUCUUUACGACUUAAUUAUUUGACGUGUAUCAUUUCAGUCCCUAUCGUGCGAAAGCGCUCAGAACCCGCAAACAUGAAAUGGAUGUUUAAAGAGGAUCAUUCUCUGGAACAUCGGUGCAUAGAGUCUGCUAAAAUACGUAAUAAGUACCCAGACAGGGUUCCGGUUAUUGUGGAGAAGGUGUCAGGGUCACAGAUUGUGGACAUUGACAAGAGGAAGUAUUUGGUUCCCUCCGACAUCACUGUGGCCCAGUUCAUGUGGAUCAUCCGAAAACGCAUCCAGCUCCCAUCUGAAAAGGCCAUCUUCCUGUUUGUUGAUAAAACUGUGCCUCAAUCCAGCAUUACAAUGGGACAGCUGUACGAAAAGGAGAAAGACGAGGACGGCUUUUUAUAUGUGGCAUACAGUGGAGAGAACACCUUCGGCUUCUAGAACUGCAUCAUCAUCAUCAUCAUCAUUAUCAUGAUCAGCCUUAUCUACCGAAACACCUGGCCACCCCAUGGCCACAUCCUCCCCAUCAUCUACAUUCAAUUACAAUCACCCUUACUCACCCAUUGAUCAAAGCUGAAUGAAACCCCACAGAGAAUAAAAGAGGCUAAAGAAGUUGAGGUUUAUAAUAAGUGUAAUCACUUAAAUUUAAAUUAUUGAAUGCACCAGUCUAUUCUGUUCUUGCCCAAUGCUAUAUUACUGACAUACAUAUAUAUCACAAAAUAUACAUCCAUAUAUUGAGUUAUGUAUAGUGCAUACAUUGGAAUUAUUAUUUUUAUAUAGCUGGGCUUUGCAAUUAGGAGAUGCUUGGUUUGUUUAUUUUGUCAUUGUUUUUUGUUUGCUUCGAGUUUUGCUUUCUUCCUUGAAGAUGAUAUUUAAAUACUUUUAAUUAUUUGAAAGGUAAGGUAGCUGGAUGACCUAACCAAUAAAAAGUAACAGUAUCCCCUUGUUUUUAUCAGAAAAUUGUGUUUUAUUUGAAAAUAAAAGUUACUGUUGAGUUUGGUG